CUGGCUUUUGCACUUUGACAGAUCUUACUCGUACUGCGCAUGCGAAUAGAAGCUAUAGUAAUUCUUUUUCUUUAUUGAAAUAAAAUAAACGUUCUAUUUUAUAUAACGUUUUGUGAAAAUAUGGAUGGCAAAAUUGCUGUUGUUACCGGUUCAAAUAAAGACAUUGGCUAUGCCAUUGUCAAGAAAUUGUGCAAAAGAGGCGUAGGAACAGUUUAUUUAACAGCCAGAGAUGUAAACAAGGGUAUAGAAGCAGUGGAAAAUCUCAAGACAGAAGGUUUAAAUCCAGAAUUUCACCAACUUGAAGUCACGGACGAGGAGAGUGUAAAAAAGUUCGCAUAUUAUCUUAAACAACAACAUGGAGGUAUUGAUAUUUUGAUCAACAAUGCAGGCGUUGCACCUGCAGAUAUGUCGAAGACAACUUAUAAAGAUGCUAAACGAGUAAUUGAUACUAAUUACAGAAGUAUCCUUACCAUUCAAGAGCAUUUAUUCCCCAUACUCAAUGAUAACGCCAGAGUUGUAAACAUCGCUAGUGACUGCGGUCACAUUUCUAAUUUGAAGAAUACUUACUGGAUUGAACGCCUUACUAAGAAGGAUAUCAAAGUUGAAGAUGUUAAUGCUUUCAUUGAAUGGUUCUUGGACUGUGUCAAAAAUGGUACUUUGAAAGAAAAUGAUUUUGAAGCUAUGCAAAUACUGUCAUACAAGAUUUCGAAAGUGGCGCUUUGUGCAUUAACACGAGUCCAGCAAAACGAGAUCGGUAGAGGCAUAUCUAUCAAUUCCAUCCACCCUGGAUUCGUUCAAACUGACAUGACUGGAAACUAUGGCGAGCUGACUUUAGACCAAUCUGGUGAAGCUCCAGUUUACGUAGCAUUGGACGUCGAGCAGUCUGUCAAGGGAAGAUAUUUUUGGUAUGACAAAACAGAAAAGGAUUGGUCGAACCCUAAUAUUAAUUUGUCUAUGCAUCGCAAAGAACUUCAGAACUAUUUAAAGAAAAUCAACUUUUUCAACCAAUAAUUGAGUUAUUUUUGUUAUUUACAUAUUAACUAAUCAAUAUCCAUUACUGAUGUUUAGUAGUAGUAAAUUAUAAUUACUUAAUAGAAGACGUAAUUGAUCUUCACAAUGUAAUUUACCUACAGCUUGAUUAUACUUGUUAAUUAUUCUAUACAAUUAAAUUUAAUGAUGGCUGCGGU